ACCGUCGCGAGGGUUAGUGCUCAGUGGUGUUUAAGCUGCGCUUCAGUACAGUCGAAAGUCUUGCACCGUGUGACGUUCACUGAAACUAUUGUGACUACUUUAUUGUAUUGUAGAUUUGUGGAGACUGCUACCUAGAUUAAAACCUGAGUCCCAGUCAGCUACUGCUGUUGCUAAAUAUUUAUUGCAACUUGAUUUGAGGAAAAAUAUUUGAAGUAAAGAUGCUAGCCAGCCCAGUAAUGGAAAUGCAAGCUGAAGAGACUCCUCUGGCCCUGCAGCGGCUGUGGAACUUGACCCGCGCCCGUCUUGCCGGGACCUCCACCGCUCUGGUUGAGGAACCAGAACUGGUUGACUCUUUGCCACCUGCUCAGGAAUUCGAGAUUACUCCGAAAGCAUUGAUUCCUGCUCCUAGUGAUUAUGAAAGCGAUGGCGAAGAAGCUUUCCCGGAGUUAGAAAUACCUGAACCAGUAGAUGUCCCGACCAAGGGAUAUUGGUCUGAAAGUGCGUACUGUAAGGAUGUGGUGCUGGACGCGAGCAAGUUGGGCGAUGUCCCCGCCGUAUACCGGGUGCCGCAGCACGCUCCCCACCAGAUGCCAGUUAUUGGCGUGUACAUCGAUCCCCGCGUCAGAACCGGCUUCCGAUACAAAGUUAGACCCAUGCAGGCUCUGGAUGCCCCUCCAUUAUCAGUGAAGCCGAAGUACUUGUUUGACGGCAAGGCUCUUACCCUGCAAUCAAUCGGACGUGGUUUUGCUCGUCGCCUCACAUUUGAGCCUCUUGGAUCAAAGCUGAAUGACAAUGAGAAUUACUUCUGGACCGACUCCAGGCCUGAAGGAUUUUUGUUCGAAAUCGAGGCAGUGUCAGUCGGUGACAAGUUCACGAUCUACGACGCCAACCAUGAGCCUCAGGGAAUCUUGGAAGUUGUUCAGCAGCAGAAGAGCCAAGUUGAAACUGACCAGAAAAUUUAUGAAGACGGAUCCAUUGACAAGAAAGUGAAAAUCAACACCCUUUGCAAGGUUGAGUGGUAUGAAAAUGAUGGCGCUAUUAAGUUGGUUCCUGUGACCGGUGUGGCUAUCCUGAAGAAGGGAAGAGGAAAUGCGACUGUAUCGCGAGUGAUUAACGUCGCUAUUGGCAUCAAGCAGCUCAAGAAGGGAUAUGAACUUAAGCCCGGCAUUGAAUCCUCAUCCAGAAGGGUGACUGUCAAUGGCAGUGAUAUGAAAGACAUUCCAUGCCAGUAUAGCAUUGUUGGAUUAGAGAGAUACGAACUCCCUGUCAUCGGUACUUAUGUAGAUCCCCGCAUCAUUCCUGGUUUCCAUUACCGUGUGAGGCCCGCUGGCAGUCGGCGCCACCUUUUCGAAGGCCGCAGCCUGCUGCUGCAGUCCGUCGGCAUGGGAUACGGAAAGCGCAUCACCUUCAAACCCGACACGCUUAACGCACCCGAAAACUACUUCUGGUCCGACUCACACCCUGAAGGUCUUGGUAUGGAGACACGUGCUAUUCAUCCAGGAAUGAAGUUCUCCGUCACAGGAAAUGGGGGACUGUUGGGAGAAGCUAGCGUCUUCCGCGCUGAUCUGCCCCAGGUGGAAGUGAAGACAGAAUAUGUGGAUGUACCAGGGAAGCGAGGAAAGGCAGUUGAGAAGCACGUGCAUGUGGACGUCACCUGUCACGUGAAGCUGGCCACCACCGGCGGCGGCUCCGUGGACUCCGAAGUCCAUCUCAUGAAGGUGUCGGGAGUGGCCGUCGUGCGCAAGGAGCCCGGCCAGGCCCAGGCCAAACUAACUAAAGUCUUCAACGUGGGUCUGGAUUCCCAGUUGAACCUUCUGUUUGCCCACUCACAGACCGAGCUCACCUUCCAUCCUCUGCCCUAAAUACCCCACAAGGCCAGAAUGGUGUUGCAAUACCUGUGACGGUGUUUGCUCACAUUGAGGUAUUGUAAUACCAAAAAACCUACCAGGCGCGACAGAGGUUUCGUCAAAUGCCGAUCGAUUGGUCUCGAGUUUGCAUCCGAGAAAUAGUCAAUGGUCUAUUUCGUGGACCGGAAUAAUUGACAAUUCGUUUGUAGACUCGUUUCGGCUGUAAGCUGAAAAUUCCUACGAGCUGCUCGUCAUCAAGCUCACGUAUUACCAACGUCUUUACGAAGACGGCUAUAGUUACGACAAUAUGUUGCUAUGGGGACAGUCAAAAGUAACGAGGAUCCUGGGUGAAGUCCAGGCUUCGGUACAAGUCCUAAGAAAUAUAUUUUUGUUCCUACUGAUGAUAUUGUUAGGGUUUUUCAAAUACAACGAUGAAUCAGUAUUUCAAUUUUAAAUUAUAAAGGAAAAAAACAAUUAUUACCGGAGAGAGUAGUAAAAGACUAGUGUUAAAGUUAUUAUUAAAUAAUUUACUUUCCCAGCA